AUGUCCGUCGUUCCCGCCUACGAGUCCUACCAGUACAUGCGCGUGACCUCGCCCGCCGAGUACGUCGCCCACGUCGAAAUCAACAACCCCAAGCGCCUCAACGCCUUUUCGCAGCCCGUGUGGCUCGAGUACGGUCGCGUGUUUGAACAAAUCAGCGUCGAUGCGCAGUUUCGCGUCGCCAUGCUGAGCGGCGUCGGCGACCGCGCCUUCACGUCGGGGCUCGACGUCAAGGCCGCCGCGGGCGACUCACCGCUGACGACGGCCGAGGGCGACGAGGUGCGCCGCGCCAAGCUGCUGCGCAAUCACAUUGAAGAGUUUCAGACGAGCAUUUCCGCCAUGGAAAAGUGCGAGAAGCCCGUCAUUGCGGUCCUCCACGACGUCGCCAUUGGCCUCGCCAUCGACAUUGCCACGUGCGCCGACAUUCGCAUCUGCGCCGCCAACACGCGCUUCGCCGUCAAGGAAGUCGACAUUGGCCUGGCAGCCGACAUUGGCACCCUGGCGAGGCUGCCCAAGGUCGUCGGCUCGCUGUCGUGGGUCAAGGACGUGUGCAUGACGGCCCGUGACUUUGGAGCGGCCGAGGCGCUGGCGCAGGGUUUCGUGAGCCAGGUGCACGCGGACAAGGCCAGGGCGGUCGAGGCGGGCCUCGGUCUGGCGACCCUGCUGGCCUCCAAGAGCCCCGUAGCGGUGCAGGGCACCAAGGAGUUACUCAACUACGGCAAGGAGCACUCGGUGGCCGAUAGUCUUCGGUACACGCAAGUAUGGAACUCGGUGGCCCUGCAGGGCGAGGAUUUUGUCACGGCCAUGAUGAGCAGCAUGCAAAAGAAGAAGCCGACGUUUUCCAAGUUGUAA